AUGGAGUUGGGGUUGAUUGGACACUUAGCCCGACGCCUGGGCCUCACUGAACCCGAUGUGCUUAGAAAAGCAGAGGAAUAUUUGCGACUGUCCCAGGUGAAGUGUAUUGGUCUAUCUGCACAUAUCACAGAAACCAGUAAUGCAGUCAUGUGCCUGGACCUUGCUGCUUCCUGGAUGAAAUGCCCCUUGGACAGGCCUUAUUUAAUUAAACUUUCUGGUUUGAACAAGAAGAUGUAUCAGAGUUGUCUUAAAUCUUUUGAGUGUUUACUGGGCCUGAAUUCAAAUGUUGGAAUAAGAGACCUAGCUGUACAAUUUAGCUGUACAGAAGCAGUGAACAUGGCUUCAAAGAUACUGCAAAGCUACGAGUCCAGUCUUUCCCAGACACAACAACUAGAUCUUGACUUGUCCAGGUCACUUUUCACCACCCCUGCACUACUUACAGCGUCCAAGAUUCUAAAGUUAAAAGUGGAUAAAAACAAAAUGGCAGCCACAUCUGGUGUAAAAAAAGCCAUAUUUGAUCGACUAUGUAAACAAUUAGAGAAGAUUGGGCAGCAGAUUGACAAGAGAGAACCUGGAAAUUUAUCUAGUCCACCCCAGAAGAAAAAGAAACUAGUGGUUGAACCACCAGUAAAGGAACUAGAGAAAGUAGUAGAGAUCCCACAUACAUCUCAGAAAAGACCCCGUCUCAGGGUUCUCGGGUAG